AUGAUAAUGUAAUUCUAAAUCAUAGGCAAAAAUGGUGUUGGAAAAAGAACUCUAAUUGAACUACUUUAAUAACAAUUCCAGUUAGAAUUGGUUACAUCUAGACCUGAUGUUGCAAUCUAUUUAUUUGACAUUAGUGAUCAAAACAGCCUAGAAUACUUAAAGAAUCGUUACAAUUCGGAAACCUAAACUAAGAGUACCUAUUUGAUUGGCAAUAAACUUGAUCUCAUAGAUCGUAGAAAAGUUUCGAGUGAAAAUGCCCUUAAAUUCUCUGCAAAGUAUGGAAUGAGCUACCAUGAAGUAUCCUGCAUCACCAAAUAAAAUCUUAGUCAUCUUAUCUACGCCCUUUAAUUAUAGAUGCAAUAACAGAGCGUAAAUAUGUCUUAAAGACAUCAAAAAUCAUCCACAAUUUCUGUCCUUAAGUUUAACCGUAUCUCAUAAAAAAAUGGAAAUGUUUCUCAAACUGAAAGCGAAGCCUCACCAAACUCCAUUAGAAUUGAUAACUCUCAAGGAAGCAACUAAUAAAAAACGAAUUCUACUCAUUCCUUCAGACAAAGAGAAUUAAAUGUUAACUAAUCGUAAAUCCAAAUGAGAAGAGUUCAAACAUAUGUACCUGGCGAUUCAGAUUCCCCUUUAAGGCAAAAUUAGGAGAAUCAAAGCAAAUCUAAUCUAAACGAUUCAUAAAGCAGUCCAUCAAUCAGAUAAGACUAAGUCAUGAGCUUUUCAAAUAAAAAUACUAAUACAUUAUAAUAGACCUAGCAAAAAUACUCAGAAGUCAAUUUAACUAAAUUCAAUUAAAUUGGUGAUGAUAAUACUCCUAAAAAUUCAAGAAUCAGUAGAUGGCUUGAAAAUGAUACAAAUAAGAAUUAAAAUUUCAAUUCUUAAGUCAUCUAUUAAAGAUCUACUUCUAAACUUCAAUCUCAAAUCUAUACAAGUAGAUCAGCAUUUAAUGAAAUGAGUAAUUCUUAAGAUAAAUUUACAACCAUCUAGGACUCUAUGAAAAAUGGAUUGGAAUAAUUUAAAUAAUUUUAAGUAGAAAUUGAGGAAAAAUGUUAUUCAGAAAUUCAGACCUAUAUUUAAGUUGGUUGUGAAAAGGUUUUUGAUAGUUUCAAUUAAGAUUUAUUUUAAUAACAGGAACAAAUUUUGAAACCAGAUAAAGUAGCUAAAAACAGAGAUUCUAUCAAUAUUUAUGAUAUCUCUUAGUUUAUUAGAUAAGAGAAUGAUAAUAACUAUAAAACCAAAUCUAUUCAGAAUAAUUAUUUCCAUCACCAAACUAAAUCGACUAUUUUGACUAUUGAAUAAAAUCCUUAAUCCAGCUAAGAGUAUAUUUCGAAAAUGGCUACCAACAAGUCUUUUAAUUAUCCUGGUAAAAGCACUAAUAGAAAUAGUUAUAGAAAUAAAUCUUAGAAUGGUAUUGUUGUUUAAUUGAGAGAGUAAGUCAAUACUUAAUUUAAUAAAACUCCAGAAAGAUAGUUGAAUUAUAAAUCUAUCACACCAAACAAAUAACUCAUAAAAUGUGUUGAUUUGGAAGAUAAUAGAAAUGAGAAAUUGUUUUCUGUACAAUUUAAACUCAAAACAGGCAAGGCAAUUAAUGUAGUCAUGAAAAAAAAUGAUAAUCUAAUCCAAAUUGCUUAAGAAAAUGCUCAGAAAUACAAACUGGAACAUAAUGCCUAUAUUCAAUUACUUAAAAUUUUGAAGGAUAAAUAUAGAACAAUUUUAGAAAAUUAACAUAUGUGA